AUGCGACCACGCCGCCAGCUAACCCCCUUCCUUCCCCGUUCCUCCCCCGAUUCCCCCCCUUUCUCUCCCUCUCCAGCGGGCAAGCUGGUGCGCCUAGGCGAGGCGGACAGCCCGAGCGUGGCGGUGCACAUAUGCGACCGCGUGCUGCCGUAUCUCGAGAGCCUGCAGGACGUCAGCGACGACGCCGGGCUGCCGUCGACGGUGCACGUGAUAAAGAACGAGGACAAGGGCGGCGCCAUUCUCGAGGUGGCGCAGAAGCUGGAGGCGACGCACGUCGUGCUGGCCAGCAUUCCCAACAAGCCCAUCGGCGAGUGGAAGACCAUCAACGUGUGCGCGAGGGAGGAGGUGCUGCCGCCCGGUGCGUCGCUCUAUGUGGUGCAGAGCGGCAAGAAGCUGAAAACCGUGCAGAGCAAGGAGCAGGCGCCCGCCAAGCCCGUCCCUCCCCCAGCACGCGUGUUCCACGGCACAGCGCUCAACAAGAAGCUGCCAGACAUCCAGGAGGGGGGGAGCGGCGUGCAGGAAGAGGGAGAAGCACAGGGGGGCAGCGGGGCGGGGGAGGGGGAAGGGGAAGGGGAAGGGGACGCGGGAGAAAAGGAGGCCGCAGCAGAGGGAGGAGCGGAAGGGGAAGGGGCUGGGAAGGCGGAGGGGGGGGCGGCGGAGGGGGGAGGGGAGGGUGCGGGGAAGAACGAGGAGGGGCUGUCUGCUUUGGAGCUUGCUCGAAGGGCGUAUGCUGCUAAGGCCAAAGCUGCUGCUGGGGCAGGCAGCGGAGGGGGAGGGUCUGGGGGCGCUGCAGCAGGAGGAGCAGCAGCAGGAGGAGGAGGGGCGGCGGCAGGGGGACCGGGAGGAGGAGUCCCGCCCAAAGACCGACCAAGGAAGAAGAAGCCAUCUGCUGGCGCCAAGGCUCGCCUCGAGAAGAAGAUGGCGGAGCGCGAGGGCUCCUCGGGCCGCAAGGUGCCCUCAGACAAGAAUCCGCUCACGAGGCCUCUCCAGGUGGUGGAGCCGGCAGAGGGCGCUCGGAGGCAGCCAUUCAAAGAGUUCACUCUGGAGGAGCUGCAGGCCGCCAUCGAGCACUUCUGGCCCAACCACGUGUGCGGCGAGGGCAGCUACGGCGUGGUGUAUAAGGGCAUGAUUGACGGGCAGACCGUGGCUGUGAAGCAGCUCAAGAACCCCGACGUGAAGGCUGCUCUCGAUGAAAUCGACAGGGAGAUGGAGGUGCAGAAGCGCAUAGACCACCCCAACGCGGUGCGCCUGGUGGGGUACUGCAGGGAGGACCGCUCGCUGGUCUACGAGUUCAUGGCCAACGGCUCCCCCCCUCCUGCCUCACCCAUGGAGGUGCAGAAGCGCAUAGACCACCCCAACGCGGUGCGCCUGGUGGGGUACUGCAGGGAGGACCGCUCGCUGGUUUAUGAGUUCAUGGCCAAUGGGUCUCUUGAAGACCGCCUGCUCUGCAUCGGGGGCGUGCCGCCGCUGCAGUGGCCCGAGCGCUGCCGCAUCGCCAUGGAGAUCGCGGCAGGCCUGCAGCACCUGCACACGCGCAAGCCGCCCAUCGUGCAUCGCGAUGUGAAGCCAGCCAACGUGCUCCUGGACGACCACUUCACCGCCAAGCUCGGCGACGUGGGCCUCGCUCGCCUCAUGGGCGACCUCGCUCCCGGCCACUCCCACGUGGUGCGGAAAUCAGUCAUUGUCGGGACGGAGCAUUAUGUCGAUCCUGAGUAUCUGUGUGCGAGGAGGGGGUACCUCGGGCCGAAAUCGGACGUGUAUUCGUUCGGAGUGGUGCUGCUGCAGAUGCUGGUUGGGGAGGUGCCGAACCUGAAGAGGAUCGAUGCUAUGGUGGAAAAGGAGGAGUUGACAGUGGUGCUGGAUCCCCGAGCCGGCGAGUGGCCGCCGAACCUGGCGCUGGAUCUUGCGAACCUGGGGCUGUGGUGCGCGGAAAUGGACCGCCGAGAUCGGCCGGAUCUGACGGAGGAGGUGAUCCCGGCGCUGAUGGAUAUCUGCGAGGCGGCGGCCGAUGCGGUGGUGGAGUGGGAGGGGAAGCAGGAGGCCCAGAAGGAGAAGGAGCGGCUGGAGAAGGAGAAGGAGAAGGCAGAGAAAGAGGCGAAAGAAAAGGCUGAGGAGGAGAAGAAGAAGAAGCAGCAGGCAGAGGAGGAAGCUGCUAGGAAGGCCAAGGAGGCGGCUGCUGGGGCUGGGGCGAGCGAGGCGGCGGCGGCCGGGAAGAAAGCAGGGGCGGCUGGGGCGGCCGCAGCACCGUCCAAUGAAGCGGCGAAGGGCGGUCUUGCGGUAACCCCAGUGAGCAUCACACUGGGCGACAAGCCAAGCGAAGAGCAUCACUCCAAGAUCAGCCUCCGUCUCGCAGCGAGCGUCGCCACAUCCGCCGGUAGCCGUUUCAUUUCCGCUCACACCCCCCGACUCGCUGCGCUGCCCGCAUCCGCCGCUUUUCCCGCCGCCAUGGCCGCCGCGCUCAACCGCCGCGGCUUCUCCCUCGCGCGCACGGCGCUCCCGCAGCUCCGCGCGCUGACGACCUCCGCGCAGCGCUCCGCGGUGGGGAAGGCGGAAGCGGCGGAGGUGUCCGGCAUUCCCAAGGAGCAGCUCCAGCGGAAGGUAGUGGUGUACAGUCCCGCGCGAGCCGCGUCGCAGCAGGGCAUGGGGCGGCAUGGGCAGUGGAAGAUUCGAUUCGAUACCACUUCAAAGUGGGAGAACCCCCUCAUGGGGUGGACAUCAACAGCGGACCCCAUGGCAUGUGUGGCUGACCCGGCUGACCACGCGCUCUCCUUCCUUUUGAGUCAACUCAAACGUGACCCCAUGGCAUAUUCAGCCCUCUCCUUCCACUCCAAGCAGGACGCUGUUGACUUUGUUGAACGCCAUGGCUGGCACUACCAGGUCCUCGAGCCGCAGAAGCCAAUUAAGAAGCCCAAAUCAUACGCGGAGAACUUUCGCUGGAAGGGUCAUCCUGCCACUGCUGACAAGUAG